UCACCAUCCGACACAGCAAGAUCGAUGGAAGAUAAAGUGAAGGCGGUCAUCAGCAAGCUCUUUGCCGAGUCUCCGCCACUGGUGGUAGAUGUCAAGAACAUGGAUGUAGGCGUCCUCUCGCACGUGUUCCACGUGACGGUCGCGUUCGACAAUGCCCAGCCGCCACGGCACUUGGUGGUGAAAUGUCCUCGACCUGAAUUUCCAUUCCUCCACAGCAUGUUCGAGGUCGAAAGGGCGUUCUACACAGAGACCAAACACGAUGCGAUUCCGUUUCUACUCGCACCUUUUCUGCACGCAUCGUCGGAGGACGUGGUUCUCGACAAGGUAGUCAAUGUCCAGUCGUACAAUUGCUUUGAUGGGUGUCCUGCCAAACUUGUUCCUACGAUCCUUCGCAAGCUUGGCGCCAUGCAUGUAGCGCACUGGGGCCAAACCUUUCCGCAGCUGGCCUCUGUACCUGGCAUUGGGGCCAGUCUCAGUGGCGAAGCCAAGCAGGCCCAAUUCCCCUCCCUGUUUGCGCCGUUCCUCGGCACAUUGGACGAUUCCGAACUGGCCCAGGCACUAGAACCGAUUUGCAACCAACUUUGCGUCGGCAAUGCCACCCUGUCUCGAGUCCACGACAUCGUUGACACGUGGCCGCACAAGAGUCUGGUGCACGGCGACUUUCAUGUGGCCAACAUGCUCUUUGACGGCAAAACAAGCGACGACAUUUGGCUGUUGGACUGGGCCACGUCCGGUGCCGGCAACCCGUUGCGAGACGUGGCGUUCUUUUUCAUUGUGGGCGUGGCAACCGAUGUUCGACGAAGCGUCGAACAAGCGGUGUUGGACGAGUAUGCUGACCAGGUGGCGCAGGCUGUGCCAAGCUUGACCAGUCUGGAUGUGUGGCACAUGUAUCGGCUGUGUGUGUUGAACCAAUUUUUGAUCCUCGUCGUGUAUAACGAGCUCACGAUGAGUUUGGCCGAGCAAGGAUCGUCUGUCGUGAAGCAAGACACAUUGCGUCGAGGGUUCGUCGAGACCAACAGACGCGCAGGCCGAGCGGUGCUGGAUGUGUGGCCACAUCUCCACGGCAUCCUCCUCCACAGCCCCACUGGUCGUUCCGAUACUGAAUAGCGCAAGAGAUGGGAGAACAUAAACAUGAAAUGCAAGUCACGACAAUAGUAUGCUGCGCGAGAUUGCACGUAAUCUCGGUAACGCAGCUCCAAUCUCGUCUGCA